AUGCUACUGCUCUACGUUGUCGUCGGAACUGCUCUUGUCGGCGCCAUCGCCACUACCAUUCUACGGGCCGUGGUAUCACCGCUGCGCUCCAUUCCGGGGCCAUUUCUUACCCGAUUCACCCGUCUUUGGUACGUUGCUCGCGUAGCCAAGGGCCAUUUUGAAGCCGAGAAUAUCGCCCUACACAAGCGGUAUGGACCUAUUGUCCGCAUCGCACCAGACAUGUACAGCAUUAACAUGCCCGAGGCUGUCGGCACCGUGUACGGCAUCAGCUCUAAGAUGCCCAAGUCGGCGUGGUACGACGCAUGGCAUCACCCAACCAACGACAAGGCGACUCUCUUCCCAGACAGGGAGGUGAAGCGGCAUGCGGAGACGAGGAGGCGCUUCCAGGCGCUGUACAGCAUGACGAGCCUCCUGAGCUAUGAAGGAUACGCCGACUCGUGUGCGGAAAUUUUCGUCCAGCGGCUGGAUGAGUUUGCCAAAGAGGGCGAGGUGUUUGAUCUGGCGCACUGGUUCCAAUGCUACGCCUUCGACGUCAUUGGUGACAUUACCUACUCGAAGCGCUUUGGGUUUCUGGACCGCGGCGAAGACGUCGCGGGCCUGCUCAAAGCGCAGCAGCGUAUCAUCGUCUAUGGAGCGCUGGUUGGCAUCAUACCGGAACUGCACCCAAUAUUGUACAGAAUCACGUCGUGGCUGGGCCUCGGCGGCGGUGCUGGUCGAGACUAUCUGAUCGAGUUUGUCCGGGAUCGUGUUAGCGAGCGCCGGGCCGAGAGGGCCGCGGAAGCCGCCAUGGACAAGAAGGCAACAUUGCUGGACGCGACAUCGGACGAACAGGCACCACAAAGCUUCCUCGACAAGUUGCUGGCCCAGAAUGAGCUGGAUCCCGCCAAGGUCACCGACGACCACAUUUACGGCAUGUCGCUCGCUAACGUCGUGGCCGGUUCCGACACGACCGCGGUCACGCUAUCUUCCAUCUUCUACCACCUGAUGCGCACGCCGACUGCGGUCGCAAGGCUGCGGGAGGAGAUUGCCGAGGGCGAAAAGGAGGGCACGAUUGACCACCUUGGACGUGUUCGGUUUCAAGACGCCAAAAACAUGCGGUACCUGCAGGCGGUGAUUACGGAGGCUUUGCGCUUGCACUCGGCCACGGGCCUCCCGCUGUGGAGAGACGUGCCCGAGGGCGGUGCGGUGCUGGGCGGGCGGUACUUUCCUGGCGGCACUACGGUAGGAUUGAAUACCUGGUGUGCGCAUUACAACGAGAGUGUUUAUGGGCCAGAUGCGCGCGAGUUUCGGCCGGAGCGGUGGCUUGUGGAGGAGGACAAGGUCAAGAAGAUGAACGCCUACUACCUUCCAUUCGGGCUGGGCUCGAGGACUUGCAUCGGACGGCACAUCUCCAUCUUGGAAAUCGCAAAGCUGGUACCGUUGCUUGUCAAGAGCUAUGACUUUGAGGCAGUUAAUGGGGCCAAGGAGUGGGAGACGAACAACGUUUGGUUUGUGAAGCCGGUUGACUUCCAUGUCAGAGUCAAACGCAGAUUGCUCUGGAAUGAUGCGGCAACUACCAAGGUGACAAAUCGACGCCAUCCAUCGCGGCCGGCCCAGCCUCAUUUUACCCCGCCAAACCCCUCCAUCGUCAAGCUCCAGCAACAACCAUUGUCAUCGCACACGCCCAAUCCGCCAAAAUGCCCGAAGCAUGUUCCCUCCUCCCCCCCUCCUUGCACAGCCCGCUCCAUACUAACCCCCAAUGUGCGCUCCCAGAUCAACACCCUCCUCUUCGACUGCGACAACACGCUCGUCCUCUCCGAGGAGCUCGCCUUUGAGGCCUGCGCCGACCUCAUCAACCAGAUCACCGAGGAGCGCGGCGUCGACCUGCGCUUCACCGGCGAGACGCUCAUCAAGGAGUUUGUCGGCCAAAACUUCCGCGGCAUGCUCACGUCCCUGCAGGAGCGCCACGGCAUCCAAAUCUCCCCGGCCGACAUGGAAAAGUACGUCACCAAGGAGGAAGACGCCGUCAUCGCCAAGCUGCGCGCCGCGCUGCGGCCCUGCCCCGGCGUCGACGCCCAGCUCGCCCAGCUCGCCGCCUCGCACAAGUACCUCAUGGCUGUCGUCUCCUCGUCGGCGCUGCGCCGCGUCCAGGCCUCGAUCGAAAAGGUCGGCCAGGACAAGUACUUCCCCGGGAAUGUCGUCUUCUCCGCCGCCACAUCCCUCGAAAAGCCCACCAGCAAGCCCGACCCGGCCGUGUACUUGCACGCGCUCAAGGUGCUCGGCCGCACCGCGGCGCAGAGCGUCGCAAUCGAGGACAGCAAGAGCGGCACGCUCAGCGGGACUCGCGCGGGCAUCAAGGUCAUCGGCUAUGUCGGCCCAUACGAUGACGCCCAUAAGCCCGAGAUGGAAAAGACGCUGACCGAGGCCGGGGCCGUUGUCAUCAUGCGCGACUGGUCCGAGUUCCCUGCCGCCCUGGAAAAGAUUGCCAGUGGCGCCGUCUAG